ACGAGUCCGACGGAUAAACUACAUCACCCACAAUGCACCCGGCCGGUUUUGACGUAAGGCUCCGGCGUGUCCUGCGAGAGCGGUUCGACAGCAGCCGCGAGCAGGCCCGACCGGGUAAACAAAUGGUCGGAAUCCACACGUUGCUCCCUCGCUGUGCGUCCUUCGCAUGUUUGCGGCUGUUCCGACGCGGAGCGGAACGAGCCGAAGGGGAGGCUAGUUAGCAAACAGCGCCGCGAGCAGCACUUUGAAGAGAAAUCGGUCGGGUUAGCUAGCCCGUGCUAGCCGUGCCGCCCAACAUGUCGUCGCCUUCGUCGUCGUCGCGGCGCCAGUGGUGCUACCUGUGCGACCUGCCCAAGAUGCCGUGGACGGUGGUGUGGGACUUCAGCGAGGUGGUGUGCCGCGGCUGCGUCAACUACGAGGGGGCCAACCAGAUCGAGUUCCUGAUCGCCAGCGCGCGGCAGCUCAAGCGCAGCCACGGCGGCGUGCAGGACGGCAACGUGCGCUCGCCCGGACCGGGACCCUCGCCGCACAAGCACGCCGCGCCGGGCCGCGGGGAGCCGGCGACGACGCACGGCGAGCGCUUCGAGCGCGGAGCCCGAGGGGACGGCGGCGGCGGCGUGUCCGCCGCUCGCGUGCCGCCCAACGGCUUGCACCGCGACGGGCAGCCGCAGCCGCCGCCGCCAGAGGGGAACCGCCAGAGUCCCAGCGGCGGCCGGAGACCCAUGAUCGGCGCGGCCAUUCCGCCGAAUCUUGUGACUCAGAGCAUAGCGGGCAUCCCCCACGGGCUGCUGGCGGGCAUGCCGGCCGGCCUGACCGCCAGGACGGCGCCCAUGAGCGGCCCGAUGAUCUUCCCGGCGCCCGUGCUGGCCGAGAUGAACCGCCGGCAGCUGGGCAUCGGCAUGGGCAUCGCCCCCUUCAUCACGCCCGAGCUCGAGCGGGAGCUGAGCUCGUCCCAGGCCCAGCCCAAGUCGCACGCCGGCCCCAGCAAGGGCGCCGCCGGCCUGCCCUCCUCGUCGGCUUCCGUCAGCCAGACGAGCCCCAAGCCCGCGUCGUCGCCGGCCAGGCAGCCGCGGCCCCUCGCCGCCCGAGCCGGGGGCGAGCCGCUGUCGUCGGGCGGCUCGUCCGAGGCCGCCGCCCCCGGCCUCGGACGAGCCGAGCUGGGCUCCGCCUCGGCCGCCACCGGAAGCACCUUGUCCUGCACGCUGUGCCACGAGAGGCUGGAGGACACGCACUUCGUGCAGUGUCCGUCCGUACCGGGACACAGGUUCUGCUUCCCGUGCACCAGAGUGUACAUCCAGAGCCGGCGGGGUGACGGCGAGGUUUACUGCCCCAGCGGCGAGCGCUGCCCGCUGGACACGUCGCUCAACAGCCCCCCCUGGGCGUUCAUGCAGGGCGAGGUGUCCACCAUCUUGGGCACCGGCGCGGCGGGCGCCCCGCCGGCGGCCGCGCCGGGGGCGGGGCCCGGCGGUCCCGGCGGAGGCGGCGGCGCCCCCCCCGGCGCGGCGGCGCAGAGCGGCGACGUCACCGUCAAGAAGGAGCGGGAGACGUGAUGGUCGGUUUCCGUGGAAACCUGGAACAACGGCGGGCAGGCGGGACACUCGCACACACAAACACGUUUGCAACGACCCGAUGUGUGGGCCACCGUUCGUCUCUGGCGUGGACGCACGCGCGCGCGAGGCGCCUCAGAGCUCAUCCCAAUAUUGUCCGCAAUAAUAGAAAGACAAGGACACACGCGCUAGCGGUGUCCUUAUUUCAAGCAGCCCAAUGUUCCCACACACAAAAAAACAAUUAUGACCAAAACAGUUGGUGCCGCACAAAUAUAAAAAGACAACAACACACGCUCAUCCUAGCGUUGUCCGUGUGCCGACCAGACGAAAAUGUGUCCUCCGUAAAUGACAAGAAAGCCCACACUCGGACAUACUAGUCACGUUACUUGGAUCAAGCGAAAUGUCCCUACGAAGAAGGGUGUUGCCAUGCGAACGUAGAAAGACAAUCAUUCACACACUAGCGUUUUCUUCAUUUGGUCCUGUGUCAAUGUCCCAAAUGAAAACUGAAUCUCAACAGCGGUGCCACACAAAGAUAGAAAAACGAGAAUGUCGUGUGCCAUCCCGUCCGCCAGCAAUUGCCUAUACGUGCCACAAGAUGGCAGCAAAGGACUGAUGGAAGCUCCUCCACUCACUUCAACUUAGUUCCUUGGCCCCAAGAUGUACAGACCAGUCCAAAUGUCCCCCAUAAAGAAUACCGGCCCCCCCGAUUAAAACAAAUCAAUGGGAUGCCAAGGCUGGUGCCACAGAAAUAUAGAAAGACAAGAAUACAUUUGACAAACACGCGCACACACUUUCCCGUGUCACGUGACCCGCCUGCCAGUGGGCGAAUGUUCACAGUGAACGCAUGUUUUCCUUCUAGAAGGUUCCCGUUUUUUUUUUUCAAGUGCAAGCGGCCAUUUUGCAGGCUGCUGUUGAAAACGGUUGCACUUCACAAAACCUGAGGACGUUUUUUGUUGUUGUUGUUGUUGUUUUUUUAAACAAAGUUUGAGUCUUUAGUUUUUGUUUCUUGUUGGCAUAAAUGUUAAUUCAGUAUUUUUUUUUUUGGGCAGAACAACCAGAAUGUUCGUCGCGCAGACGAGCCAAACCAAAGCCAACCUUUGUGUAUACAAGCUCCACGGCUAUACGCUAAUAAUGCUAACGGCGUCGCGACAAGUAAGUGCCUUGUGCGGAAGCGCCCCGCCUCCUCGCGGCGUCGACCAAUCGGCUCGCUCGUCUUUUGACCGCGGCUUCUUGUACAAAACGUCCCGGUGGGAAUAAACCAGAUGGAAAACGU